UGUGUCGGUUUUUCAAACAAUUAACAGACCCUUAUAGAGUUUGCCUUUCAAUAUUCGAGCGAAAAAGACAUCAAAUAAAAAAAAUCGUUUGUAAAACAUUUAAACUGUCAAUAAUAAAACGCAAUACUGACAAAUGCCAACUGUCAAUGUCAUGUCAGUCAACUUCAUUGGAAUAAUCAGCUGGUCCAGUGAUUUUUAUUCAUUCGUGUUUAGUAAUUUGGUUAUCUCACAGACUAUUUGAAAUAUUUCAAUAAUUAAUGAUGGCAUUAAGAACAGGUCUAAUAAGGUUAUCCAACUUACGAUGUUUAACGCAGCAAGCAUCAAGGCUCCGUGUCAUGAGUACUCAAACAUCCACCAAGGAGGGCCCUGCGGCUGCGACGGAAGAAAUAAAACCCGGUCAAACACAUUUCGGAUUCCAAGUCGUUGAUGAGGAAGAGAAAACUAAAAAAGUACAUGAAGUAUUCGAAACUGUAGCUGAGAAGUACGACCUGAUGAAUGAUGUGAUGUCUGUGGGCAUCCACCGCAUGUGGAAAGACAUCUUCAUGUGCCGGCUGGCACCACAACCAGAGACUAAAUUAUUGGACAUGGCUGGUGGGACAGGUGACAUAGCAUUCAGAUACAUUAAGUACCUGCAGAACCUGGGCCCCUCACAGGGAUCACACAGCAGUGUCACAGUGUGUGACAUCAACCAGGCCAUGUUGGAUGUUGGCAAGCAGAGGGCACAGAAACUAGGCUACACGCCACAGUCGUGCGGUGUGGAGAUAAACUGGAAGUGUGCUGACGCGGAGCGCCUCGACCUGCCCGACGACAGCUACACCGCAUACACCAUCGCGUUCGGGAUCAGGAACUGCACUCACAUUGACAAGGUAUUGGAGGAAGCAUAUAGAGUUCUGACGCCUGGUGGUCGCUUCAUGUGCCUUGAGUUCAGUCAACUGCCGAACGACACUCUGCAGUGGGUGUACGACCAAUACUCGUUCCAAGUGAUCCCUGUGUUGGGGCAACUGUUUGUAGGACAGUGGAAGCCAUACCAGUACCUCGUCGAGAGCAUACGACAGUUUCCUAAUCAGGAGAAGUUCAAAUCAAUGAUAGAAGACGCCGGCUUCCGACAGGUGACCUAUGAAAACCUGACGUUUGGUACAUGCGCCAUACACUCCGGGUUCAAGAUAUAGUGGCUAUCAGACUUGUUGCUUGUUAAGUUUUAUACUAUUUAGGUGACUGUAAAUAUAGGCGGUAUUUAUAUUGA